UCGCUAGCGAUUGGUGAAAGUCAAAAAUAACUAGACGUAUGCACCAAUCGGAUUCAUUUUCCGAGGGUCGAUCGUCGCGUGAAUCUCGAGCACAAUCUAGGUCACGUUGAUCAUUUCGUGCUCGAUGAUCGACGCAUCGCUUUCGAAUAUCACGGUUGUAUUUUUUUUUUUGGCAGAAUGUGUUGUGGCAUGUAAACGACGUUUUUUCCACGCGAGAGACGGAAUUUUUUUCGAUGUCGUAAAUAAGCACGAGAGGAAAAACAGGGUGAUGACGAGGCAGAAUUCGACGAUAACAUUCGUCGAGCUACCUUGAUAUGAAGCGAGCGAUGCUUGACACUCUGACGUGCGCUGGCUCUUUAUCUGAAAUGUGUCAAUCUUAUCGCGGUAGGCGCAAGUACCCGAUGCCCAUUGUGUGGAUAAACGUUCUGUCCGCCAAUUAAACGCAUACUAACGAUCGCACACCGCUUAUAUACGCUACAAUACGCUAUCUAUCUCGCAAUCUAACGUCUAUCUCCCAGAUCCGGAGACUCUCUCAAAAGCUUUGAUGUUUGACAGCUCCAGCCACGAAUCCGUGGAUGCUAACAUCGCGUAACUUACUAUGCACUUUGAGACCAAGACGUUCAAAAGCAUUCGGUAUCAAGCAUGAACAAAUCUGUGGAGAAUUUGUUGAUAUCUAGUCACGAGGUAAUCAACAGCAUUAAUUCUUCUGGUUUGGGUAAUCAGAAUUCGGUGACAAAUCUGGGAAAUGCUGCGUCCGUGGAAAACGUUCAAGAAAUCACCAGCGGGUCUGGCAAUGAUCGUAAUAGUCCUGUGUCCAGUCCUAACUUAUCCCCACGUCCUAGUCCAAGAGCUCAUUCCAGGCGAGAGUAUUCUAGAUUGAAUUCCGACUCGUCUGCUAAAGAGUCCUCUCGUGCGAAAUCCGACGAUCAGGUGUUUCAGGAUGUGAUCAGUAAAUCGUCUGAUUCGGCUGAACUCAACAAGAGUUCCUCUCAUGAAAGUAAAAAGGAAUCGCGCAGUGAGCGGAGUAAGAAAAAAUCUUCCUGGUAUAAUGUACUUUAUCCGACUUAUAAGUCACGUUCUGAGGAUUUUAAGCGAAUAUUUAAAGAUGUGCCUGAUGAUGAAAGAUUGGUGGUAGAUUAUUCUUGUGCUCUUCAGCGUGAGAUAUUGGUACACGGUAGACUUUAUGUGUCUCAAAAUUAUGUGUGUUUCUAUGCUAAUAUAUUUAUGUGGGAGACAUUGGUCUCCUUACGUUGGAAAGAUGUUACAUCUAUUACCAAAGAGAAAACUGCACUUGUCAUUCCAAAUGCUAUCCUGAUUUGCACUGUUACUGACAAGUUCUUCCUAACAUCGUUUGGAGCAAGAGAUAAAACAUAUGUAAUGUUAUUUCGUGUUUGGCAAAAUGCUCUUAUUGGUGAGCCAAUGAGUAUGGCUGAAAUGUGGCAACUUGUACAUGCUUGUUAUGGGGAUGAAUUAGGCUUGACUUCCGAUGACGAGGAUUAUGUACCGCCAUUAUCUGCGGCAGAGGAAGAGAAAUUACCAACUCGUCUUUCUGUAGAUUCUUUUUCCGAGGCUGAGGUAGCUACUGUGGAAAGUUCAGCACCUCCAGCUGUGGAACUUGCUCCUGUGGAACAGCCUCCUGCUGAACCUCAAGUUCAGCAACCAGCUGUGCCUAUACCUAAACCAGACCCUGUUGCUGAUCCAACAGAUUUGAGUGACACAACAGAAAGCGAGGCCGAGAAACAUGGCUUGAAAAUGAACAUACGGAGCACUAUGGUCUGCACUUCUUUGCACGAAGGUCGGCAAAUUAACAAAACGACAUUACCUAUGCACAUCGACCAACUAUUUACUCUGCUUUUCACAAAUUCGAAAUUUUUCCUAGAUUUUCAUACUGCUCGCAAGACCACUGAUUUAAUACAAUCUGCAUGGAUGAUAAAUAAUCAAACUGGUCAAAAAAUGAGAACUCUUUCAUUCACGGUAGCUUUGACUCAAGCUAUUGGUCCAAGAACUUGCCAAGUUACAGAAACACAGGUGAUGUUACCAUGCAGUAGACCAGGUCAUCUUUAUUGUAUAGAUGUGGAAACUACUAAUGCUGGUAUUCCUUAUGCCGAUUCCUUUAGCAUUUUAACGCAUUAUUGUAUAAAUAAUAUUUCGGAAAUUGAGACAAGUAUUGCAGUUUUUUCGCAAAUUAAAUAUAAAAAGAGUAUAUGGGGUAUUAUGAAGAGUGUGAUUGAAAAGAAUUGUUGGGCAGGCUUAGAAGAAUAUUUCAAUAGUUUAGUAAAAGCAUUGGCAGUAGAGUGCGAAGAAAGUAGCGGAAGUGGAGGUUUAAAGAGAAAGACGAGAAAACGACGGCGUGCGACAGGUGUAGGUGCUACAUUGCAGACACAUGUUACUGAGCAUAUAUCUGUGAAUCAUCAAAUUUCGCCCUCCAACUUGCCACACACUCAUACUGCUAAUACUAGAAGCGACACCAACAUGAUUCUCAGUUCAAUGCUACUAGUGGCUGUAUUGUGUUUAAUGGUAAUCAAUGGCUUGUUGUAUUAUAAAUUAUGGGGAUUGGAAGAAGCCGCUGCAUAUACCAUUAUGGAUUUACAUGUAUUGAAAAAUACACCAAAGACUGAAGAGGAUUGGAUUAACCUUUUGCAACAGCAAGAAAGUUUACACAAUGUAGAAAUGAGGAAAUGGCAGAGGGUUUUGCACACUGCUGCACAAUUACUUAGACAAACAGAAGAAUCUUUAACGGAAUUACAAAUGAGUAUUCAUCCCACUGCAACAGAAAAAAUGUUUUCAAUAUUAAAACCAAGCUUAAACAGUAUAAAUCCAGAACGACGAAGCAAAUCAGAAAUCUGAAAAUAUAUAUGUGCUUUGUUACACAAAAUCAUACAAAAAUUUUGUGUAAAAUAUUAAUUUGCGUAUUGUAGAUAAAUCUUUGCAUACACAAGAAAACGUCUACCAGCUCUGUGUUAAAUGUAUUCUUCCUAUUAUUUUAAGAAUAUCAAUAGUUAUAUGUACAGCUUCAUGGAUCAAUUAUAAUUAAUUAUUAUG